ACUUCUUCAGCUUAGUUAUUUCCAACAAGAUCAUGUCUGUAUAUAUCUGUGCUUGUAUUUAAAUGUCAAGUAGGUCCUUUUCAGCUUUAAAGAUUUUGAUUUUCUGGUUGUAUUCCCUAGGUUUUCUCUAGUAAUACUCAAAAUCAAGAUUUCAUUUUUACCUUAAAUGACAAGUCUUCAGUUUUAGUUUGAUUCAGUUGAAUUCAAGGCUUGAUUUUUGUUGAAAGGUUGAUCUUUGAUUGUGUGAAGUUUGUAGUCUUGGAAAUUUCUUGACCUUUUGUAAUAGGCAGUGGUAAGAGGAAAAGGGGUGAUGUUGUAAUAUAUAUGCUGAAGGAGACUGUGAUUUUAUAUUGGAUGAUUAUACUUUUGUAGUCUAUUUUCAUCUUGAAUUUGUUGUUGGGACUAUAGACAUGGAUAAGAACUUCAGCAAUAUCAGUGGACCUGUUUCAAGAAAGAAAUCAAGAUUUAUUAUUUUAACUUUUAACCUUAAAUGAAUAGACUUCAAUUUAUUUGAUUUUGCUGAGUUCAAGACUUCAUUUUUACUGGAAGGUUGAUCUUUGAUUAUGUGAAGUUUGUGGUCCUGGAAAUUUCCUGACCUUUUGUUACAGGCAGUGGUAAGAGGAAAAGGGGUGAUGUAAUUUAUGUUGAAGGAGACUGAUUUUAUUUUGGAGGAUUCUACUUUAUUAGUUUAUUUUCAUCUUGAAUUUGUUGUUGGGACUAUAGCCAUGGAUAAGAACUUCAGCAGUAUUAGUGGACCAGUUUCAAGAAUGAAAUAGAGAUUUCAAUUUUAGCCUUAAAUGACAAGACUUCAAUUAAUUUGAUUUUAGUUGAAUCCAAGACUUAAUUUUUAUCGGUGGGUUGAUCCCGUUUGAGGGUCUUUCUUUUUCUGGGUUGAACUCUGAUGAUGUGAAGUUUGUAAUCUUGAAAAUUUCUUGACUUUUUUGUUACAGGCAGUGGUAAGGGGAAAAAGGGGUGAUGUUGUAAUACUUGUUGAAGGAUUCUACUUUUGUAGUUGAUUUAAUCUUGAAUUUGUUGUUGGGACUAUAUGCUAUGGAUAAGAACUUCAGAGCUAUUAGUGGACCAGUUUCAAGAAUGAGAUCAAACAACGAAGCCCUUCACGUGUUUCCUAACGCUAAUGUGAUCAGUGAUCUGAGGAUUAGUGAUAGGUUCUUCAAUGGGAAUAUAGCUGAUAACUCUAGGCAUACCUCUAGCCAAUUUAGUUUUGACACCGGGGUUCAAUCACGGGAGGAUGACUCUCCCGAGGAUUUUGAUUUCAAUGAUGGUGUGCUCAAGUUCAUAAACCACAUCCUCAUGGAAGAGGACGUGGAAGAUAAAACCUGUAUGUUUCAAGAGUCUGCAGCUCUUCAAGCUGCAGAGAAGUCAUUCCACGAGGCUCUUGCAGAGCAGCGUCCUGCUUCGAGUGAUAAUCAUCCGGUGCCCAAUUUGGACCAGGGUGUCGAAAGCCCUGACGAGAAGUUUCUUGAAGAAUCAAGAAGUAAUGUUUAUGACCCUAGUGACGUGGAGGUGUUUUCUCCUGAUUGGUUUUAUGAUCCCGACUUCAAUGGAUAUAACGGACAUCAUAUUACUGUCGAUGUUCUCUCGACUUGUCAGUCAUCAUACAGUUCAUCUUCUAGCAAUGGUACCUUUGCUGAUGGGCCGGUUGAUUCGCCCGUUAGCAUUCUUAAAAACGCAGAUGUGUUCAGCAAUCAAGAGUCGGCUAUGCAAUUCAUGAAGGGAGCUGAAGAAGCAAGUAGAUUUCUUCCUUGUGGCAGCAACCUGAUUACGGGUGUGAGAAAUGAUGAGUCGAGGGAAAGGGCGAAGAAGGUAGGCUCCACCAGCGUGGCUGUUAAGUUGGAACAGAGAUCUGAUGAGGAGACCCUCGAUAUACCAAGGGGGAAGAAAAAUCCUUAUCGUGAGACAUCAGGAUUACAAGAGGAAAGGAGCAGCAAGCAGUCGGCCAUUUAUUCCGACACCACUUUGAGCGAUGACAUGUUCGAUCUCGUUCUUCUGUGCAGUGGCGGAAAAAAUGAAUCCGCCCUGCGCAAAGAAUUGAGUGAAGUAACUAAAAGCACUCCUCAGGAGGAUCAACCGGAGGGAGUCAACGGUGGGAAAAUCCAGGGUAAGAAAAAAGGAGGAAGGCGAAGUGUGGUCGAUUUGAGAACCUUAUUGAGCCUUUGUGCACAAGCCGUUGCAGCUGAUGACCGUAGGACAGCAAAUGAGUUCCUGAAGCAGAUUCGACAGCAUUCUACUCGAACGGGGGACGGGAUGCAGAGACUCGCUUGUUACUUUGCUGAUGGUCUUGAGGCACGUAUGGCUGGAUACGGAGAUCCUGUAUAUGCUUGUGUUAAUGCAUUGCCUACCUCGGCUUCUGACAUCCUGAGAGCCUACCAUAUAUUGAUAGCAACGUGUCCGUUUAGGAAGAUAUCUAAUUUCUUUGCUAAUAAAACCAUCAUGAAUGUUUCUGAGAAAGCCACGAGGAUCCACAUUGUCGAUUUUGGCAUUUUCUAUGGUUUCCAAUGGCCUAGCUUUAUGCAACGGCUGAGUAAUAGACCCGGUGGGCCCCCAAAGCUUCGUAUUACUGGAAUUGACUUUCCGUGUCCGGGUUUCCGGCCAGCAGCAAGGGUUGAAGAGGCUGGGAGGCGUUUGGCUGGCUAUGCCGAGACUUUUGGAGUACCGUUUGAAUUCAAUGCGAUUGCUCAGAAGUGGGAAACGAUUAGACUCGAAGAUCUUAAGAUAGAGAAAGACGAGUUGCUCGUGGUGAGCUGUUUAUUUCGAUUCAGGAACCUUCUCGAUGAGACUGUCGUAGUGAAUAGCCCGAGAAAUAUCGUUCUAAGCCUUAUCAAGAAGAUGAAUCCUGCCGUCUUCGUCCAGGGGGUUGUGAAUGGCUCGUACAACGCUCCCUUUUUCAUUACAAGAUUCCGGGAGGCGAUGUUUCACUACUCCUCGAUUUUUGACAUGCUCGACACCAUUAUUCCCCGAGAGAUUCAUGAGAGGAUGCUUCUUGAGAGAACAGUGUUUGGGCAAGAGGCCGUGAACGUAAUUUCUUGCGAAGGAGCCGAAAGGAUCGAGAGACCAGAGACUUACAAGCAAUGGCAGGUCCGGAACAUGAGAGCUGGAUUCGUGCAGCUUCCUCUCGACAAGGAGAUCGUGAAAAUGGCUAAAAAUAGAGUCAAGUUGUCAUACCACAAGGAUUUUGUGAUCGAUCAAGACGGCCAGUGGAUGUUGCAAGGGUGGAAAGGGCGCAUCAUAUACGCGCUCUCUUCUUGGAGGCCUGCUUAUUGAGCUGCUCGGUUCAUGACUAGAGAAGGCCAGACGACUGACUGGUUGCUGUUCGUGCAGGCUUUCCGUGUCAAAUGUCGAACAUCGACUAGUUAGAAGCAAGAUGAUCUGUUGAUAACGCCUUUACGUCUUCUCCUAUCCGAAGCUCGGGUGGAGAACCGACAGAGUGGUGCGAAAACGGAACGUGAGCUUCGAGUAUUGGUAGGUAAUGUAACCUUUCUUCAUGUAGAGAAAAUGACAUAGAUCAAGGUUUUUGGUUUAGGCUUUAUAGCGAAGUGUGCAUAAUUGCAGUCAAAAUGGCUCUUAUGUUAAAUGGAAACGACGGCGUUUUGAUUCGCCUGCACAUUACACAACAAUAUAGGAGUAUGUGUCUUGGCUUACUGAAUAACCAUAAAAUUACACUUUCUUGUCUCA